AUGUCUACGCAAGACGAAUUAUCCACAGCAGAAAUAGAAUCCUCGCUCAAGGAAAAUGAGAACUCUUUGGCCGAAAUAAAAGAACUUUUGGUCUUAAGCCCUGAAGAACCAGAACUCAUUAAUCUUGCAGAAGUACUGCAAAAUUUAAUAAAGUUACAACAGGAAAAACUGUUACAAAGGAAAAAAGAUGAUUUACUUGCGCUCAUUGGUUGUUCAGUAGAACCAUCGAGCCACGAAAUAGGAGAUAUGCCGAAUUCUGCAGAAAUUUCAAUGUCGCUCAACGAAGGAGAUCCUACCAAUUCCAAUUCAGAUUUAAAUGUUUUGAAAGUCGGCGAAAAAUGUUGUAUACCAUUUACUCAUCCAGAAAAUCAGAAAGUAUAUUUCCUUCCUGGUUUGAUACAAAAUAUCGAUUUUGAAGUAAAAACUUGCAAUGUUCUGAUUUUGACGCCGAUUACACCAUCCACACGAGUUUGUGUAAAAUAUCUGUCAAAUCAAUGCACAGGGAUUUGUCCUCACGAGCGCUCCCACGGAGAAGAAAUUUCCUCUGAGCUCGUAGUUCCAUAUGAGAUCUUGCAUGUUGGUCAGAUGGAUGCGUAUAAAGUUGGACGAAAUUUUUGGGCCAAGUACGAAGAUGAAGUUUGGUAUUUGGCAAAAUUAAUUGGUCUCGAAUCUAAAGGUUUGGGUUUCCGAGUGACAUACAACGGAUAUGAAAACGAAAAUCCACAUGGAGUAGUGGUUGGACCCGAUGAAAUAAUACCAGUUCAAUCACUGGAUGAUGAAGGAGGAAAAGAUGGGAUCUUUUCUGAAGAAAACGAGACCGAUGAAAGUGAUUAUUCUAACGACGAAAGUGAUAGUUUUAGCGAUGAUUUUGUGUCGAGUGAAAUUUCAACUUUGGAAUCUGAUACGGGUUUCGGUCGGUUUUCAUUUACUCCAUUUGAUAAUCGAGACAAAGGCAAUGAUAACUUUGCAGAAUGGGAGAAACAUACAACGGGAGUUGCUAGUCGUAUGAUGGCAAAGAUGGGCUAUAAGAUGGGCGAAGGAUUGGGUAAGAACGGUGAAGGUAUCGUAAACCCAAUUGAAGUAAAACUCUUUUCCAGAGGUGUCUCCCUGGACUACAUUGACAAACCAGAUAAAAUUGGACCUCAUCGUCGUCGUCAUCACGAUCGUGGGACUGAGAUUGAACCAAAGAGACACAGACAUCGCAAACGUAUUGGUUCUAAAAUUGGAAAUGAUCUUAUUGCUGAAUCACAGCCGAAUGUUUUUGAUUUCCUGAAUGUUUCUCUUAACAAAGGAGGAAAUGAUGCACAUGACAUGGACAGUAUCAACGUGUCAUCUUCGUCUUCUCGUAACACGUCUUCGAAUGAAACAUCAAAUUCCAUGACGGAUAGACUAAAACGUGACCGUAAACCUGCAGAACUGGUUGGAGACCCUUGCGUGAUUGAUGGGAGUGGAGUGUACGUUGAUAAAGUGAUACUGGAAGAUUGGGAGACAGAAUUUGAUAUCGCAAUUUCUAGCCUCGCGAGCAUUCUGUCAAAGUAA